CUCGAGUCUGCCGUCGGCCUCGCCGCGCUCGCGGCCGACGUGUCGAGCGGAGCGGUCGGAGCCGUCGGUGCGACCGCCGGCGCAGUGGGGAAGGGCGUCGUCGACGCUUCUUCGCGGCUCGCCAGCGCCGACACGGAGCCGACGCACGGCCUUGCCGCCGGCGAGAGCGACACGGCGGCGGCGGAGCUCGGCUCGCCGCUCCGGAACGUGCGCGGCCUUGCGGGGGGCGCGGUGAGCGUCGCGAGCGCCGUGAGCGCGAUGGUUGCGUCCGAUUUCGGCGCUGCGGCGACCGAGAUGACGCGCGGGCUCAAGGAGGGGCUAAAGGAGGGGGGCGGCCAGCUGGUGGAGCGGGGCGGCGCCGUCACCGGUACAAUCAGCUCGCUCGCAAAGGAGUCGGCGAGCGGAGUCGGCGAGCGGCUUCCUCCAGCUCGCCACCGACGUUCGCGAGACGGCCGGCGCGCUGUCGCCGAGGCGGGCGCCGUCGCCGACGUCGGAACUUCCACGCUUGCGCUCGCUCGGCCGCUCGCGGCGGGCGGUGGCGGUGGCGAGGAGGGGGAGGAGGAGGGCGCGGCGGCGGAGGAGGAGUCCGGCCCGCCGCCGCCGCCCGAGCUGGCGCCGUUCGAGGCGUUGCGGCCGGCGGCUUGGCUCGACAGGCUGGGCGGCUCUGCCUCGCUCGGCGCGCUAGAGGGGCUAAGGGACGGAGCCUUACUGCGGGUGCAGCUCCAGCUCGCACGCCUGCCCGCCGCCUCGACGCCGCGCAUCGAGGCCGCGCUCGACGCCAUCGCCGUGGCGCUCGAAUCGGAGGCGUCGCCGGCCGCCGCCAACGCGCCGCCGCCGCCGCCGAGUCGGGGCGGCGCGCCGCCGCCGACACGGCUGAAGGACGCAUUCGCAGCAGCGCUCGCGCCGCCGGUCGCAGAGCUAGAGGAUGCGGUCGGUCGGGGAGGUGCGGCCGAGGGCGGCUUGGAGGGGGAGGAGCAGAGCUGGACGGAGGAGGAGGGUGUGGCACGGGUGCACGCCUACUCCGCGCGAUGCUUCGGGCAGCUCGCCACGUGCGCGCUCGUGGUGCUGCGGAGGUUCGGGCUCGCGUGCCAACGCGCGCCCACGCAGACGCCGCUCGGUCUCGGGGAGGACGCGCCGGCGGAGGCGAUGCUGCGCGGCGCCGACUGGCCGUUUCUGUCGCGGGCGGAGCAGGCGGAUUGGCUCGCCACCUCCGUCUGCGCGGCCGCCGCCCACUUCGCUGACGCCGUCAACCGAGUCUCUGCGGCGUCGCUCGGGGCGGAGGCGGCGCGCAGCUGCUCCGCGGCAUCCGACGCGGCCGCGUUCAAGCGGGCGCGCCGCGCUCUCUGCACGGCGGUGCACUUGGACGCGGGGGCGGCGCUGACGUUGGUUCACGAGGCGAUCGGGAUGCUGACGCCAGUGCUGCAAGAGGUCGCGCUCGGCGAUGCGGCGGCAGCGCCCAAUGGUGGCACGCAGAGUGCCGACGAGGGCUUGUGCUAAAGAGUGCUCUGUCAGUCCGUCCCAGUCACUUGUUUAUAAAUUGAUUCCAUGGGGGUGGAGACUGAUAGGAGACUUGAAGUACAAAA